AUGGUCAUAGGUGGCUUCAGGCCUGAGGUACGACAAUUAAUAGGAUUACUUUUAUUAGUCAAUUACGAGGUGCCAGACCUGCAGACAUUCUUACCAUCAAGUAUGACAGAAAAGGCAGACAUGUACACAUCUCAGCAGCCAGCCCUUCUGUCCAUCCGUGGCGAUUCAGCUCACCAUCUGUGGAGAACUAUGAAGUCUGACAAUGCAAUCCUACUUGAGCUAGAUGGGCGCACCAUCUAUCCAUUUUCCAAAUUAGAAAUAACUCAUCACGUUUUAGACCUUUGGAGUAUGGAGAGACUCGGAGUAGCUUUACCUUACAGCAAUCUGAAUUCUCUUGUACUGGAUUUUUCCAAGUGUGGAGAUAACGGUGUGAAUAGACUUAUUUGUGGAUUAGAAGGGAACAGAAAGCUUUUAACCCUCAGCCUCUGCUACUGUGAUUUAGGACCUCAAAGUGGAACAAUAUUAGCAACUCUAAUAAUCCAGACUGCUAUUUGCAACCUGUUUCUCAGUGGCAACCAUUUACAAUGCUUGGGUGCCACCGAACUCCUUAAACCAUUAUCAAAAUAUGCAGAAGAGCUUGGACAAGAGAAAAAGUCAAACACUUUGGCAUGCAGUAAUAAUACUUCCCGCUGCAUUCUUGAAGCAAACAAAGAUGCAAGCAUUAAUUCAAAAGUUGUUCACAGAAAUACCACUUCUAGACCAAACAGCUCUAUGGAUACUGCAUUAGAAAGCAACAGGAAGAAAAAGAAAACAAAAGGCUUAAAGAAGAAAAGUAAGAAGCAUGACUUUGGUCCAUGGCUAGCUAAACUGCAUUUGGCUGACAAUGGUGUAGAUGGAAGGUUUAAACAAAGAGAAGAAAACUUGUGGGAGUUCAUUCAGCUUUUGACUAGUCUAAUCAAGAAUUCUAACAACCUAGUGGAAGUUGAUAUUGAUGGCAAUGCUAUUGGGGAGCAGUGUGCUUUCAAGAUAUUAGAAGCUCUUAAGGAACGAAAGAAAGGUGGGAUCUUCUAA